AUUAUUCCUCCAGCACGUGUAACCUUCUGAAUUUUAGGUUGGGUUACGAGUUUUUAUUAUAAUUUGUGGCAUGCAUGAUAUUCAACUGAAUCAAAAUGGUUAAUCUCGCUGAAAUAAUAGAAAAAGAUGCACAAAAAUAUAAAUCUAUCGACGUUCAUAAACAUUUGGAGGUGGAUAUAGAUGCUGGAACACUCUUAGUUUCCGAUCCUAACGUUUUGGAUUCACAAAGUUUCAAGAGAAAUGCCAAUGAUUAUUUGUUGAAUUUAGCAAGAGAUAAUGUCCAACUACUUUUUAAUAAAGUAUGGGACCUUCCUACUGAAAGAGUUGAAGAAGCCAUUGUUGCAAAAUUACCAGCUCCAAAGUAUAUUCUUCCCAGAAGUAAACCCGUACCAAAACCUAGAUCUCUCACAAAAUGGGAACAGUUUGCUAAAGACAAGGGAAUUCAGAAGAAGAAAAAAUCUAAAUUGACAUGGGAUGAACAGUUGAAAAAAUGGGUACCACGAUUUGGAUUCAAAAAAGUUCUAGCCGAAAAGGAAAAGGAUUGGGUUCUAGAAGUACCAGCCAAUGCUGAUCCUAUGGAAGAUCAGUUUGCCAAGAAGAUUGAAGCUAAAAGUGAAAGAAUAGCUAAAAAUGAAUUGCAGAGAAUGAGGAAUAUAGCUAAAGCUAGGAAUGUUAAGGUGCCUAGAUUCGGAAUCAUAGACCCUGACAAAUCAUCAUCAAAGGAGAUACAAGCUGCUAUUACUGUUGCAAAAUCAUCAACUGCCAGUGUUGGUAAGUUCCAAGAUAAAUUACCAAAAGAAAAAGAAGCAAGAGGUAUUGCCUCAAUUACACCAGGUGCAACCUCAAGGAAAAGAAAAUUGCCUCCGGCUACCGCAGAAGAAGAAAAGAAUAUGAAUUUAACUAUCGUCAAUUCUGUUCUUAAUAAGAGACCUAAACUUGAUAUAGAAAAAGCAGUUUCUAAACACAUUCACACUGAACAAUCAUCUUCUAUGGAUGAUUCUGCUCCUCAGCGUAAAAGAAGUAAAGGUAUGAAAAGUAAUUCCCAAGGACCUAAGAGUGCCAAAGGUAAAAAGCCUAAAAGUGGUGGACAGAGAAAAGGUAAAGGGGGCGGUAAAAGCAGUGGAAGAAAGCGACGUUAGAAGUGACUAAUGCAUGGGGACAUGCAUUUGGAACCAUUUUACAUGCGUUUAUCUCUGUGUAAAGAUUUUUUUUUGUCGAUAAUCGAGUUUAUUCAAUAAGAAACUUGUAUAUAAACAAUACAUUAAUUUUAAGGAUUUAUGUAAAUUAGUUCCUAAGAUAUAAAUAUUUAGUUUAUAUUUUGGAGUUAAGUGUUUGAAAAAGUCAGUAUUUCACUUUAUCUAUAAGUUAGAUAGAGAAUGAAGUAUUUUAUAUUUGUACUGAUGCAGAGAAAUUGUAAAUAAAAUAAAGAUGAUAGAUUCACAA